UGUGGGCCUUGGCAAUAUGGCUGCCUCCUUGGUGUGCUGCUGCUGAGGGGAGUUUGGUGCUCUGGCAACCCGGGACGUUUUCCCUCCGCUUCCCUCACCCCGCUAUCUGGGGAUCCUGUAAACGAAAAGGAGCCUCCAGCAGCCCAAGGUGGGUGACGCGAACGCGAUGUCCCGGACUGGGCUUCCGUCGCAGCAGCAGACCAAAGAGCAAGCACCCCCGCGAGGGUAAGACGUCCUCCCUCCCACCGGCCACCAGAAGCUCUUGAAACAAGCCCUGGAGGGAGAGCCUGCCCCAGUGCCUGAACCGGACUGCCCCCAACAAGGGGUGGACUUCUCUCGCGGUUUGCUGAAAAAUGUAAAAGUAAAGAGUAUCCUCCAUCAGGGCCAACAUACAAAGGAAUACCCCCAGAAUACAUCAUAAAUCUUGACUUGCCACCCAGUGAGAGAUGGGUCCAGAUAGCACGUGACAAAAAAGCAGAGCUGAAGGCCAUGAUUCAAACUAUUAGAGAGAUAGUAAUAGCAUUCCUCCCAUCUGGCAAACUUAUAGCAAGCCUGGAAUCUAAGCUGAUAUGGCUAGGUUCUACCCUUCCCCAUCCUUUCAAUGAAGAGAUCAAAGGCAUUGCUUCUGCUACUGGUUGUCCUUUAGGUGACAUUACUAUGUUCAAUGUCUUCUAUGAAAUCUUCACUGUGUGCACUUCAAUAGUAGCAGAAGACAAAGCAGGAAAGCUGUACCAUGCCAGGAAUCUUGAUUUUGGACUGUUUCUUGGGUGGGAUAUAAAAAAUAGUUCUUGGACUACAACACGGAAACUGAAGCCCUUAAUGGUGUCUCUGGAUUUUCAGAAGAAUAAUAAAACAGUGUUCAAAUCUGCAAAUUUUGCAGGCUACAUUGGAAUGAUAUCUGGAGUGAAACCAGGCAUUUUUACUCUGACCAUGAAUGAGCGGUUCAGUCUUGAUGGAGGUUACAUUGGAAUCUUUGAGUGGCUUCUUGGUCAGAGAGAUGGCUGGUGGAUGGGUUUCCUCACUAGAAGUGUGCUGGAAAAUAGUACAAGUUACGAAGAUGCAAAGGACAAACUGGCUUCCUCAAAACUACUGGCUCCAGCUUAUUUCAUAUUGGCAGGAAACAAAUCUGGAGAAGGCUGUAUUAUUACACGUUCCCGGACUGCUGUCUUAGACAUUUGGGACUUGGAUGUACCCAAAGGCAUUUGGUAUGUACUGGAAACAAAUUACGAUCGUUGGAAGGAGCCUCUUGUCUUGGAUAACCGGAGAACCCCUGCAAUGGUGUGCAUGAACGAAACAAAGCAAGAGAACAUCUCAUUGCCAACUAUAUACAAUGUUCUCUCCACAAUCCCUAUGCUCAAUAAGCUGACUGUGUCGACAACACUGAUGCAGGUUGAUGAUGGCCAUAUCGAGACCUACGUGAGGGAUUGUAAAGAUCCCUGUAGUCCCUGGUGAGGGCUGCACUUGCUUGUGGAAUAAGAUCUGUUCCGGACAGAUGCUCUCCAGUGGGGAAAAGCACAGCAGCAAUGCUUCUGCCAAGAAUCUCCUUUACGUGCACUGUCCCAUGAGAUGGGCUUCUAGGCCUUUAACUUACUUGCAGUCCCAGCUACAGACCAGCACUUCCCAUCCUGUUUUCCUUGCUCUCAAAUGUUUGCUUUUUGUGAAUGAAACAGUUACCUUUGGCUCCGUGCUGCUUCCCGGUGCUAGAACAGUUGUCACCGUUUUUAGACUACGUCCUGCCCUAUGCAUAUUUACUCGGAAGUAAAGUCCUCUCUUGUUCAGUAAUGAGCAUACCUGGGAUUGUUGUACCCCAACUCCCUUUUGAAUAUAAAUAAAUAAAACUGAACCACCAAGCCCGGUGGUGGCCAUGCUGCUUACCUGCUACCUCAGCAGCAUGUUGUUGUUUCCCCCUCAGCCUUGAAGGAAGACUCCUGGUUCUUUUUCCUGCAGCUGCAAAAGGUGGCCCUGCAGUGGCCAGUAGCAGCACUCUCCUCAGGCUAUCAAGAGCAUGACAGAGCUGUCUUGGCUGCUGCGUUUUUUAAAUAGAGGAGCUGUGCUAACCCUGCAAUCCUCUCCUGAAACUAAGACACACACACACACACACACACGAGAUAAGGUACCUUCUGACUUUUUAGAGAGAACUGUGGUGAUGGAGGAAGCACGCUGCCUGAACCUCAUGGCAAUGGCACUCUUCCCUGUAGUUGCUGCGCGUGUGUGUGGUUUUUCUUUUUUUUUUAAAAAAAAAGAGCAUGGAUGCUGUAAGCAAGAGGGGCUCAUGCCAUUCCUAGCUGUGCCACAAUGAGGCCAAUAUUUUCUGGCUGCUCCUCAGUUAAAUAAAUAGACUAGAGGUGAAAUCACGUCACAUCAAAGCAAAGGGAAUGGCUACAUGUGGACUAGUGUGUGCAUGACAGUGUCACCAUCUGAGACUUUGGAUUUAACUUUCAUGGUACACUUGCUAAAAAGGCUGACACCACUAGGGAUGUGCACAGAACCACGGCGGGGUGGUUCUAAGGCGGCGGGGGUCUCCCUUUAAGAGAGGGGGGCGGGUACACUUCCCCCCCCCGCCAGUGUCAGUUUUUUAAAAAGCCCAUUGGGUCGGAAGCGUGCCUCCCUGCCUCCCCGUUGCACUCGUCUUCCAGAUAUGACUAGAAGUCACCGACUCACAUUGGCGACUUCCGGUCAUAUCUGGAAGACGAGGGCAAUGGAGCGGCAGGGAGGUAUGCUGCAGACCCAAUGGGAUUUUUAAAAAACUGACACUGGGGGCGGGGGGAAGCAGCAGGUGGGGAAAGUGCACCCUCCCCUCGCUUUUAAAGGGAGGCCUCUGCCACCUUUGAACUGGUUCUGUGCACAUCCCUAGACACCACUGCUUCAAAAUAAAAGCUCUCCUUUUCUCUAGUAGUUAAUGAACUAUGAAUGUUUCUGUACUGUUGAGUCAGUAUUAAGAAUGUACUUCUAACAUGUUCUUGAUCACUUUCCAAUUAAAAGAAAAUGGGGAAA